UUAUCUUCCAGAUCUUCAUGUGAACUGCUCAGAAAGACUACCUUUUUAUUUAUAGAUUUCAAAACACUGAAUAGGCAGCACUCUUUACUCGCUUUGAAGGAACUGUGCUCUUUUAUAUCAUGCCAUAUUUUAAUGCUUUUCAAGAUCUGAAAGAAGGGAAUGGAUUUUGCCAGAGGAGAUAAGCAUGAAGCUUCAGUUCAACUGAUUCGGAGUUUUUAGAGAAAUUGCUAGGCUUUUUCUUUUAAGGCUCGAUAUCGCAAGGUAUUUGUUUUAUUCCUACUCGGUUUUCUUAUUCAGUUUUCUCCGUUUAUUUAAGGGCGCAACUCGCGCAUUUACUGUGGUUCGUCUCGGCUCUUCUUUGCCUUGCUUCUUGCGAAAUAUUUAAAUUAAGUUCUAGUGUUUUGGUUAUGUUAGCGGUGGGUCAAAUGGACGGGUCUCGCCAGAGCGCUUUCCUCCUCAACACCCCACCUUUAGCUGCUUUACACAGUAUGACCGAAAUGAAGACACCACUUUACCCAGCCUACCCGUUAUCUUCCACUGGACCUGCAUCUUCCACCUCACCGACAGCGACUUCCCCUAAUCCAGGUGGUAUCCCGGUUUCUUCCCCGGGGUUAAAAUCGUCAAGUGGACUUUCAACUCUCGCAUCGCUCCAGCAGUGUGCGGCCGCCACACCUCACGGAAUAAAUGACAUCCUGAGCAGACCCUCGAUGUUCUGCGCCGGAGCGGCGGCUGCAGUCGCUGCGUCCUCUCCUGGAGGAAUCUUGUCUGGACUGCCCCGUUUCAGCAGCCUGAGUCCUCCACCGCCUCCGGGGCUGUAUUUCAGCCCUGGUGCCGCUGCGGUGGCUGUGGCUCGCUAUCCGAAACCUCUGACGGACCUUCCAGGCAGAACCCCAAUAUUCUGGCCUGGAGUUAUGCAGAGCCCACACUGGAGAGACGCCAGAUUUGCUUGCUCACCACAUCAAAACUCUGUGCUUCUGGAUAAGGAUGGGAAAAGGAAACACACACGGCCAACGUUUUCCGGUCAGCAAAUUUUUGCGCUAGAAAAAACAUUUGAGCAAACGAAAUAUUUAGCUGGACCAGAAAGAGCGAGGUUGGCCUACUCUUUAGGAAUGACAGAGAGCCAAGUAAAGGUUUGGUUUCAAAAUCGAAGAACAAAAUGGAGAAAACGGCACGCGGCUGAAAUGGCAUCGGCGAAGAAAAAGCAAGAUUCAGAGACCGAAAGGCUGAAAGGGACCUCGGAAAAUGAAGAUGACGACGACGAUUACAACAAGCCUUUAGACCCAAACUCAGACGAUGAAAAAAUAACUCAGUUACUGAAAAAACACAAACCAAACUCAGCUCUUAUAAUUCACACGUCGGAAAACGAGAGCUCGUAAAUGGAAACGGGUUGACUCUUGAGACGAAAUUUCUCAAGAAGUGUCAAAAUGAUGUAGGCUACUGUUUUUCACAAUGUCUGAUCUCUGGUUUGAAUGGAAGGAUGCAAACCAGAAGAAUAUGCACUAUCGGUGGAGCUGAACGUGCAACAGUGUCUGGGACCGACACAUUACAACGUAAAGACAACGGUAGCCUACCUUUUUGUAAAUUAACGGCGUGAGUUGUAUCUCAUAGGAAUUAUAUAACUGUGAAUAUUUAUGUGUAAAAUAUUUUUAAUAGUAAACAUGGCAAAAUUCGUUCACAUUGCUUCAGUUUAUAUUUUGGUUCAGGAUUUGGAAUUCGCAUUCUCAUGUAAUUGAUUUGUGUUGGUGCUUAUCAUCCUGAAAUUUUGUACGGGUGUAAGCUGCCUUGGCCCUUUUGUAUCCUAAAAAUAGUCAAGAAAGAAAACAUAGAAUUAUUUCAUAAUUUACAAUUAAUGGGAA